AUGGAUUUUCUUGAUGAAUCCUUUAUACAUAAGGUUGGUACUUGUAAGAUUGGUGCUUCAAAAGCUUAUAACUUGGUGAGUAGUAUGAAGGGUGGCUUUGAUUCUAGGGGUGGGACUGCAGCUGACUUUAAAAAUUUUCAUAGAGAUUUGAAUUGUAAAAUUGGUGUCAAAGAUUCCCAAAUGGUUGUGGAUAUAUUGACAAACAGAAAAUUGUGUUUCUCUAAUUUUUCAUUUGAGUUUAAAAAAGAUGUUGAUGAUCAUCUUACUGGACUUUUUUGGGCUGAUGAUACUUCGAAAGCCAACUAUAAGGAAUUUGGAGAUGUACUAUCUUUUGAUGCUACUUAUGAAACAAACAAGUAUGCUAUGGUAUUUGUUCUUUUUACUGGAGUUGACUACCACAAGCGUUGUGUUACUUUUGUUGAUGGUUUACUAGCUUGUGAGAUAGCAGAUGCAUAUAUGUGGUUGCUUGAAGUGUUUUGUAAAGCAUUUGUCAAGCCUCCUAUGAUGAUUGUAACAUAUCAGGAUUCAUCAAUGAAGAAAGCUAUUAAUUUUGUUUUUCCUGAAUUGAAGCAUAGACUAUGCAUGUGGCACAUCACUCAAAAACUUGAAGAAAAGAUUCCUAUCAAUGUUUAUAACCAUUCGGACUUCCAGAAGACAUUUUUUGAUAUUAUAUGGAAUCUUCAAUCUUUUAUGAGAGAUCUUGAACUUUCUGGUUUGAUGCGAACUACUUCAAAAUCAGAGAGUAUGAAUAAUGCUUUCUCACAUUUUUUGCAUCAUAAAUCAAAUUUGGUGAAGUUCAUGAUGUCGUUUGAUAGUGCAAUGAAGAAGCAAAGGCAUCAUCAAUCUUUAUUAGAUUAUCAGUCCACAACUACUACCCCCAACCUAAGGGCUCCUUUGGCUAUUGAAAAGUAUGCAUCGGAAAUUUUUACACAUAAUAUUUUCUUGGACAUUCAGAAAGAGUUAUAUAAAUCCAUGUUUUAUUGUGUUCAAGAAUAUGUAGUUAUUGAAGAUGAAAGUGAAAUUUAUGUUUUGAGAGAUAAGAAGAAAAAAAAGUUGAUUGAUAAAAAUGUGAAUGAGGAUGAAGAAUCUGAUGACUUUUAUCGAAAUAGUCUUCCUUCUCAUUGUCCUAAUACUCAUUACAAGGUUGUAUUUAGUAGAAGGGGUGAUAGCAUUAGCAUCAGUUGCAGCUGCAUGCUUUUUGUCCAGGAAGGAUUGUUAUGUCGUCAUAUGUUUUUCAUAUUAAAUAUGAAAGAGUAUGAUGAAAUUCCAUCAAAUUUCAUUUUGAGGAGAUGGGGAAAAGAUAUCAUAGCUAAUGGAUUGUUGAGAAAAAAGUACUCAUAUCCUCAUAAAGGCAGUAAAAAUGAAUGUUUGAUUCAAGAUGCAUAUGUUAUUCUCCGUUUGUCCAUUAACAAGAUAGCAAAAAAUGAGGAUGAGUUGGCUAAAUAUAUAAAGUAA